AUGUCAAGUGUUGGAGCAUUUGCCGAUUUUUCUUUCAAAGAAUCUUCCAAACUCGGCCAAGACGACCAUUUUUCGUUUGCAGACGGAAUAUUGACAAUCUCGGCCUAUCUGUGUUAUCGGGCACGAGUGAAUGAACGUCUUUCAAUGCCGAUUGAAAAGCAACUUCGCCGAUCCCAACAACAUAGAUCAUGUGACGAUCCGGGAAAUAACAGUUGCGAUUGUUGUCCACCAGUACUCCUCCAGAAAUGGCGAUUGAAAACCCCUUCUUGA